UAGAUUGUCAUUUACAGGAUGGAACAUUUUUUACCUUUUCUUUUCUGCAGGAUUAUUUCUAAUUCAGUAGCUCUGGGGGCUUUCAGAUCAUAAAGUGCCUGCAUAUGCUGUAGAAUCAAUUGAAUAUUAAGGCCUAGACAAUAGGCCAAUCUAAAAGUCUUGAUUUGUUUGUUUUUUUUGUUUAUCUUUGAUGUUGUCCUACUGGUCUGAUUUGGAUCAACAUCCUGCUGUCUUGGUUUAACUGGUGGAUCUAUUGUGAAAUGCUGUUUAGUUGCACACCAGAUGUAAAAGGACAGUGAAUAUUUAACCAAAAGUAAUAGGGAUCACAGAAAGUUUUUUUUUUUUAUCUGAAUGGUGAGAAGGGUAUCUGUGCUCUUUUUGGUCAUUUUUAGCCUUGCAUGUUGAUCAGGUGCCAAUUUCUCUUCUCGUUCUUAUUGGUGAAUAAGAAUGAGUUUGUGAGCUGCAGUGUUUUAGCUGUAGUUCUGUGUUUUGGUUUGACCUCUUGCAUGAUUGGUUAAUGCAGGCUGUAGUCAUUUUUCUGUUGGCCAAUCACCCCCCCAUUGUUGAGGAUGAUGGUUCUCACUGUGUUUAACUGGAAGGUCAAAUCAAUAGAAGUCGUUUAGUUACCCUUUCCUUACUGAUAGAGGUGAGUUAGUUUGUAAGAAGCUGUUUCUUUCAGAAAGGCUCAGGAGUUUUGCUCUUUUAUAUAGUUUAUCUACAAUUCAUUUAGAGAUCUUUUUACUAUAUUUCUUGAUUUCUACACUUCCUGUAGUCGUCCAUCCGGGGUUAAAGUUAGUGGAACUAAACCAAAGUAUGCUUUGGUUGCAUGGGGUAUAUUUUCCCAAAAGCCUGGAUGAUUUGUAUAACAUUUCUUUUCCUUAAAGAAAUCAGUAUUUGAAAACUGCGUUUAAUAUUUACAUGGAUUCUAUUUUUUAAUCUAAAAAAGAUGAGAUCUUCUAAAACAUUUAGGUGUAAAAAGCAUAAACUGCAGUAAGAAGACAUCUAGUUUUUCACAGUACAGUAGGUUCCCUAUGACACUUUCUUUUCUUUCGACUGGCCCCUGCCUUUUUAGUUUUGCAUAUAUUGAUCCAACCAAUAAGUCAGACAUCUUCACAUGACCGCAGGCAGACGGCCUGACAUAGCCAUGGGCAGAAUCACUGAUUCAACUAUAGGCAGACAUGUUCCUGAAAGUAGAAGCAGAUAUGUUGCAAUCUUUCUAGAACUCUAACAAAGCAAACAAACAACAAAAAAAAUCUCCCAGGAUGAGUGCCUUGCUUGAACCAAAGUGUUUAACCGCUGUUGACCUCUCACUUCUGACUCUGUGAAUACCUCAGCCUGUAGAAGGGCCACAACUGAAGAGACAAGGAUUUUUUUUCUCCUUUCUUCUUUUUUUUCUUCCUCUUAUUUUUUGUUUUGUGAUUCACACCGUGGUGCUUUCACCGGCACAACCAUGCAAUGAAAACAUACCAAAGGCUUUUCUGUUGUCCACUUCUACAGAUCAAACCAAAGGUCUUAGUUUCUCGCCUCCCUCUGUCCCGCCCCCCUCCUCUAUCCCUACCUUUCUCCCUUCUCUCUCUGCUGUGUGUAGGAAGGUCCAGCACUCUGGCCGUGCAUGUCUUUUACCAGUGUCUCUGAAUACCUCAUAGUGAUAAUUCCUUUGAGUUCUGCAUCAAGACGUCUUAUCUAUGCGACAGAGGAGUUUUUCGAGUAUGAUGCCGAGGAGUUCCUGGUGUUCCUGACCUUGCUAAUCACAGAGGGAAGGACACCGGAGUAUUCAGUAAAAGGCAGGACUGAGGGGCUGCACUGUCCUCCAGCUCAGUCAGGCAUGCCUCCUCUUCACAAGCAUGAAUGCAGUGACAAACUGCCUCAGUGCCGGCAAGCGAGGCGCACUCGUUCUGAGGUGAUUUUGCUUUGGAAAAAUAACAUCCCCAUCAUGAUCGAGGUCAUGCUGCUGCCAGACUGUUGUUAUGGUGAUGAGUGUCCCCCAAGCGACCCCAUCAGUGACCCAGUCAUCAAACAAGAUGCUCUGCUGUUGGAGAGGUGGACCCUACAGGCUGUUCCUAGACAAAGCGGUGAUCGUUUCAUUGAGGAGAAAACCCUGCUAUUGGCUGUGCGCUCCUACGUCUUCUUCUCCCAGCUCAGCGCCUGGCUCAGCGCCUCCCAUGGCAUCGUCCCCAGAAACAUCCUGUACAGGAUCAGUGCUGCGGAUGAAGACUUGGUGUGGCAGUUUUCCCAGCCGCCAUCAGAGCACAUUUUUCCUGUCCCUAACGUGUCCCAGAGUGUUGCCCUGCAGGUCCGUGUCCAGUCGCUCCCCCGCCAGCCCACCUAUCCCAACCUGGCCUGUAGCAUCCACACCGGCCUGCCUCCCAUUUACAGCAAGACCCCCAGCCUCAGCCCGACCCUCAGUAGCCAUGGUGGCCUGCCCACCCUGAAAAAGAGCCAGGAUCCCAGCAAAGACAGCCUCCAUCCCAACUCAAACAUGUAUGCCAAGAGCUCCAACUCCCCCUCAAGCCUUCUACUCAACGGAUUACCCAUCCCUAAUCUGCCCAUCAACAACAUCUCGAUUAACAGCCUUUCUCACUCUGCUGUGUCACAUCCAUACAGCAAGAAGAGCCAGGAGCCCAGUGAAAAUCCCACCUAUCACAACGGAGAGCUCCCACAGGUCAACACGCCCCAGCGUCAGGCUUCUUCACUGCUCUACAGAGCCUCUCACUCCCCAACACCCUCCCGCUCUAACUCCCCCUCCCCUCUUCCCUCCAGCAAAGCAGGGAAGUGGUUGUACUCUGCCCUCAAUGGCUCGUCUGAUCCUAACCAGGUGGAUGACUAUAGCUCUGGUACCACCAACGCUGAGCAGAACAAGGCUCCCAUCCCAGAGCCUUUACGGAGUUUCAAGAACUUAUCCAUGGCUGAGCCGUCCCGGUGCCCCUCCCCGAGGCCUUCCGGAAACGAAACAAAUCCCUUGAUUGGCUCCCUGCUGCAGGAGAGACAGGAAGUUAUAGCGCGAAUCGCACAAAGACUCAACUUCUGCGACCCGACAGCCCCACCACUCCCCCCUGGCCUGUUUGCGUCUGACAACCCUCACAAAGCCAUGUGGGGCGGUAACCAUGACGACAAAGCCGCCAGCAAGACCAAAGAAGCCGAGGUGCACCCUUACGAGUCCGUGGGACGUGUGAGGCCAGCCCUGUUCAACUCUCCCGUGACGGAAACCUGUUUUGUCAAACGAGAAAGUUCCUCCCCGAAACCCGCCGCCUGCAGGAAGCUGAGAAUGAGCGAGGCAGCGGACAGAGCGGAGGAGAGGAACGGGGAUCUAAAGGACAGAGAGAAGGACAGAGACAGCUCCCUCAUCGCCCAGGCAGUGCAAGACAUCACCAGGCUCAUUCAGGAGAGGCUCUCUGUCCCAUCUUUGUCCCGCAGCACCAGCCCACUGCACCAAGUGCACACAACCACAGUCACACACACCAUACGCACAUACUCACACCCCCCGCAAGCAACGCAACCCGCCAGCAAUGGCUACACCAAUGGCCACGUACCCAGCCAUGAACCUCAAAGAGGCAACACGCACAACGCUGCCUCGCAAAUGCCCGUUUGCACAGACAGGCCCCAAGCUGGACCGAGGACCGAAUGUCAUUCUUCCCGGGCCCAAAAUGGUGCUCAGUUUACACUUGAAGAAACUUCCCUCAACAGCCAGGCCGACCCCGAGCCAGGCAGGCGUUUACGAAUCAGGACACCCAGCAGCCAUGAAAUCCCCCCUGUCUCCCCCAUCCUGGAGAACAGGCCAAGGAAUGCCCAGAUCAUCAGCUGGACUAACCACGACGCCAGCCCAGCUACAAACUGUUUCAGAAUCAGUGACAACAGCAAGCCUCAGACACAAUCUCAGACACAGGCACAGAGCAUUGUGCCAGCUCAGGCCUCUGCUCUCCAGGAUGAGAACCAGGCCCCCUCAGAGUCUGGGUCCUUCACAUCCAGUCCAGAAACAACUCCAUCACCCUCACUCCUCCGUCCUCACAGCCCCUCCCCCUUGCGUCCCUGCAACAGCUGGAAGAAGCAGAAUCGACACUCUUUGGAUGCCACGGCAACAAAGGCCUUCCACCCCUGCACUGGCCUGCCUCUGCUCUCCAGCCCCGUUCCUCAGAGGAAAAAUCAAACAGGUUACUUUGACCUGGACACCUCUCUGACUGGCUGUAAGGGUUUGCCUUGGGCCUCUGGGAAAAGGGUGUGUCCUAAGAGAGAGGAGAGCGCUGAUGAGUCGCAUCAGCUGUUCAGCACUAGCGCUCCUCCUGCCAGCCUAAGCCUGCUGGGGAACUUUGAGGAGUGUGUGUUGAACUAUCGACUUGAGCCUUUAGGGACAGUAGAAGGUUUCGCAGCAGAGGUGGGAGCCAGCGGCUCCUUCUGCCCAAGUCACCUGACCCUACCAGUAGAUGUGUCAUUCUACAGCGUCUCUGACGAUAACGCUCCCUCGCCAUACAUGGGUGUGAUAAACCUGGAGUCCCUGGGAAAAAGGGGCUACCGUGUACCUGCAUCAGGAACCAUUCAAGUGACCUUAUUCAACCCCAACAAGACAGUGGUAAAGAUGUUUGUUGUGAUGUACGACCUAAGAGCCAUGCCAGCUGGACACCAGACCUUCCUACGCCAGAGAACCUUUUCAGUUCCCGUUCGCCGCGACGCCAACAAUCAGAUCAACAGGAAGCCCCUCACCCCAGGCCAAGGCUGCACCCUGCGCUACCUCAUCCAUCUGAGGUUCCAGAGCUCAAAGUCUGGAAAGCUCUACCUUCAUAGAGACAUCCGUCUAUUGUUCUCCAGGAAGUCCAUGGAGGUGGACAGCGGUGCUGCCUACGAGCUCCAGUCCUUCACAGAGUCCCCCAUAGACCCUCCUUUUUCUCCGCGCUGCUGAAGCCAGACACCUCAUCACUCCAUCCAACAGGCCAUUCCUGGAACUUCAGCCACACCUCAAAGCCAGCACUGAACUUUCACUCCAUCAGAUCAUUGUUAUGAAUGUUUUAUUCUAGACAGAUAGGACG